GAGUGUAGCAAAGGAAAGAACCUGUUUGAGGAGGCAGAGGGAGAGAAUAGCUGUCUUGCUUCUACCUUCAACGUUGUAUGCAAGCUUUUAUGUUCAGGUUAGAAGGGCUGCGUUAGCUCCCAGCCUUCUCUUCCCCUUUUCCUUGGAGAAAUUGAGCAACUCACUCCUAGUGACCACAGCUGCUGACACAAUGAAGAUGAGGACCUGGAUAGAACCUCUUGUUGCUGGUGCUCAGCUUGCCAGCGCUUUCUAUGACACAGGACUGUUGCUUGUGGUGAAGAAUUACUACAACCAGACCAACUCUUCUUCGGUGCAUUCCGGCGAGGAGGCCCAACAAAAGGCCAUCUCUGACUUUUACAUCAUCUACAACCUUGUGGAUGGCUUAACCCCACUGAUAUCAGCUUAUGGCCUGGCUAGGCUGGGUGACAAGAAAAAUCGGAAGAUCAGCAUCGGUGUGCCUCUGGCUGGCUACUUGCUGUCCCGGUUCCUCCUACUGCUUUUGAUCUUGUUGGCUUGGCCCAUUGAGGUGAUGUAUGGGGCUGCUGUCUUGCAUGGCUUGACAGGAGGAUUCACCACAUACUGGGCCAGCAUCAUGGCAUUGGCCUCCCAGGGCUCAUCUGAGAGCAGAAGAUCAUUGCGUCUCAUCAAUAUUGAGCUCAUCUAUGGCAUUGCUGGUUUUGUGGGAAGUAUUGCCUCAGGACACCUCUUCGUUACGUUCCAUCUCAGUUACCAGCAUGGUAUGGUUCUGAUUUCCUGUAGCGUUGCCUUAUAUGCCUUAUGCAUCAUCUACAGUCUACUUGUCCUCCAAGUGCCCAAACCUGGAGUUCGUGACCCAGCUGCUUCCACCCAUGUGGUCCAGCCUGACAGCAACUCGGCUGAUGAUGGAGAUUUUACCUUCCAUAGACUUGAGAGGUUCCCCCACCUGGGAUCUUCCAAGCCCAUUAUUGCCAUGCUUUUUGUGGGGGCCAUCCUAUAUGACUUGGCUGUAGCUGGAGCAAUGAGUGUGCUACCGCUCUUCUUCCUCAAGAAGCCACUGAGCUGGGGACCAGAGUACGUUGGCUAUGCCAAUGCUGCUGGCUAUUUGAUCUUCAUCACCAGCUUCCUGGGAGUCUUUGUGUUUUCCAAGUUUCUAAGAGACACCACCAUGAUUAUGAUAGGGAUUGUGUCCUUCUCAGCUGGCAUUCUUAUUAUGGCCUUUGUGCGCUGGACAUACCUGUUUUACAUUGCUCGUGCUGUGAUGCUCUUUGCCCUCAUUCCCAUGCCAACCAUCAGAUCUUUGUUAUCCAAACAUGUUGAAGGUUCGUCCUAUGGAAAAGUGUUUGUUCUACUGCAGCUGUCACUAGUGAUCACUGGAGUUGUGACAUCAACAGCCUAUAAUAAAAUUUACCAAAAAACCCUGGGCUGGUUCAGUGGAUUCUGCUUCCUUCUCUCAUGUGGCAUCAGUUGCCUGAGUCUUUUCCCUAUCAGUUUUGUAGCCUACAAGCAACGUGCACAAUCUGAUUUACUGGCGAUUUUAGCCAACUGAAAACAGUCGUUGACCUCAGAAACAGACACACAGAACAGGUUGGAGCCACCAGCCAGACUGACUGCAUGAAAGACAACCUCAGUCUUGUUACUAAUUAUGCUGUAAGAGAUGUUUAACUUCUAGGAACUAGUGUUCAUGUACUCUUUCAUGUACAGAUAGGCUGUGUUUAAACAGCAUAUGGAGAGCAACUGAAAACUAUGUAUGGAGUGGGCAGGCAUGCUGUGCUUGAGUGAAGCUGCUUUGGAAUCACAUUUCAUAGGAUUCUCCCUAUUCUCCAUUCAGGUUGUGAUCCUUAACCUGCCUGCUUUCCAUCCACAAUCCUUCCAGUGAAUAGUCUCCUUAUUCACUUUCCAAAACUAAAUAUCCCUCCCUGGAAAUCCUCAGACACCCCUAUUCCCCACGUCUAGUCUGAUUUUCCCAGUAGUUGAACUAGAUGGCCUUCCGACUCAGGAUCCUUGUUCCUGAAGUCUCAGUGCUGAAGCCAUUAGUGGACAGCUAGGACCACUGAAGAGAGCAGAGCUUAACACAGCAGAGAAGCUGCACACAGAAAAAGAAUAUUAUCUUGAAUAGCUGUAAUGAGCACAUUAGAGAAAUACAGGUUAUUGAUCUUACACACUCAGCCCUCCCAAGCAUA